AUACGUGUUGAUGGUUUAAUUUUUGUGUUGUAGGUAUCAAGGUAUUUCACAUUUCACAUACAUGAAUCAUGUAAUUUAAAAAAUGGAAAUGAAACGAAUGUUAAAUUAAGUGUACAGUGUUACGAACGAAUAUCAAUGAACCCAUCAUUAUCAGCUUUCCGUAUCGUCGUAUUUCGAAAAUGACGAAAUGAGUAACAGAAUUUGUGAUACGAUCGUUUUUCGGUAUCUGCAGAAAAAUUGUAGGCGAUACUAUCGUGUGGGCUAGUACUUCUCUACUAUCUGUAGCUAAUAGCUAAAAGGUGUCACUCGACUGUGAGAUCAAAUCCAAUCUACGAUUCCAGACUGUUUACUAGGUUUUAAAAUUGCGUCGAUAAUCUAAACAUGAAUACCUCCGACGCAGGGUAUGUAGAUAGGUUUAAUCCCUCGUUUAAUAUGGCGGCAAUCAAACAAGUUAUAAAUGAAGCUGUCGAGCGUGUUCGUAUGCCCACACCUAUGAGAUUAAGAGACCUGAUACGACAAAUACGAGCUGCCAGAACAGCUGCUGAAGAAAGAUCAGUGGUUAAUAAAGAAUGUGCUUACAUUCGUUCAACGUUUCGAGACGAAGAUAGCGUUUUCAGAUGUAGAAACAUCGCUAAACUAUUAUACAUUCAUAUGCUUGGUUACCCAGCCCAUUUUGGCCAGUUAGAAUGUCUGAAGUUAAUCGCAUCGCCACGGUUUACCGAUAAACGAAUCGGUUAUUUAGGCGCAAUGCUAUUGUUAGACGAAAGGCAGGAUGUUCACUUAUUGAUUACCAAUUGUUUGAAAAAUGAUUUGAAUAGUAAUGUACAGUUUACCGUCGGGUUGGCAUUAUGCACAUUGGGUGCAAUCGCUUCUCCCGAAAUGUCCAGAGAUUUAGCAUCGGAAGUUGAAAGAUUAUUGAAAUCACCAAACGCGUAUAUUCGUAAGAAGGCAGCUCUAUGCGCGUUUCGUAUUAUUAUGAAAGUUCCAGAAUUGAUGGAAAUAUUCUUACCAGCUACGAGAUCUCUUUUAUCAGAAAAAAAUCAUGGUGUAUUGAUAGCUGGCGUUACGUUGAUAACUGAGAUGUGUGAGCAUAGCGUUGAUACGCUGCAACAUUUCAAGAAAGGAUCAAGCGAUCAAAAUGAGAUUGUUCCGAAUUUGGUCAGAAUUUUGAAGAAUUUAAUAUCAGUUGGAUAUUCACCGGAGCAUGACGUGUGCGGCGUUAGUGAUCCCUUUUUACAAGUAAAAAUACUAAAAUUGCUGAGAAUAUUAGGUAAAAACGAUACAGACUCUUCGGAUGCGAUGAAUGAUAUAUUGGCUCAAGUAGCUACCAAUACCGAAAGCAAUAAAAACGUAGGAUAUACAAUUUUAUAUGAGACUGUACUUUCAAUUAUGGACAUAAAAUCCGAAUCCGGUUUGAGAGUCUUGGCUGUGAACAUACUCGGUAGAUUUUUGUUAAAUAAUGACAAGAAUAUUCGUUACGUGGCGUUAAACACGUUACUGAAGACUGUGCAUAUCGAUACGACAGCUGUGCAGCGACAUAGAAGUACAAUUUUAGAUUGUCUCGAGGAUAUGGAUGUAUCAAUUCGUAAACGAGCUUUGGAAUUGAGUUUCGCCUUAAUUAAUUCACACAACAUUCGUAACGUGAUGAUUAAACUAUUGAAGUUUCUGGAGAAAACUGAUCCAGAGUUUAAAGCCCAGUGCUCUUCUAAUAUCGUCCUGGCAGCUGAGAAAUUCGCUCCGAAUGUCCGAUGGCAUUUAGAUACUUUAUUGAAAGUUCUAGUAGCUGCUGGAAAUUUCGUUCGUGAUGAUGUAGUUUCUUCUACUAUACAACUGAUUUCGGAAUCGGUUAAUCAACAGGCGUACAUUGUGCAUCAGUUAUGGGAUGCUUUACAGAAAGAUACUUCCGAUAGACAGCCUUUAACACAGGUUGCUACUUGGGUUAUUGGAGAAUUCGGCGAUUUAUUGUUGUCCAAUACGGACGUUCCGUUAAAAGUAUCAGAAGAAGACAUUUUAGAAGUAUAUCAAAAAUUACUGUGGUCACCUCAGAAUAACAUCGUCACAAAACAGUAUACAAUCAAUUCGUUAAUGAAACUAAGUUCCAGAUUUAAUACGCACGUAAAUAAUAUACGUGAAAUAAUGCAAAUUUUCGCGUGCCACAUUCAAAUGGAAAUGCAACAACGCGGUUCCGAGUAUUCGCAGCUAUUCGCCAAGUACGAUAACCUAAGGCCAGCGUUACUAGAACGAAUGCCACCUCUGGAGGUGGUCCACAAUCAAGCUCAUACAUCCGAUAUGACGAACGGUGAACAAACACCGUCUCCUAGUAGCGGAGAUGAACUGGGUAUCGUGGAACCAGAUGUAGUUCCGGAUUCGAAUGCUCUAUUGGUUCUACUGGAAAGUGACGGUGGUGAGAAUGAUAUUACAGUACCCGCUAAACCGGCGACUACGUCUACCAAUCAAGACUUGUUAGAUUUAUUAGGCGAUCCUGUCCUUAACGAUACCGAUAUAAACGAUGUGAUAACCAUUAAAAAUAACAAUAAUAACGAUAGCAGUAAAAAUAAUAAUAACGAUGUCAUAACGAUAAAUCCAGUGAAUCAAAAUAACGGAAAUGGUUACCUUAUAGAUACCAAUUUUAGUGCGCUUUUAAAUGACUUUUCCGAUAUUGUAAGCAACACAUCGUCGGGUAAAGCUGCUUCGAAUAUGAUUGCGUAUGAUAAAAAUGGUUUAAAAAUUACUUUAACGUUGGAACCGUAUCCAAGUUUACCUAAUACUACGGCAAUCAACGUAGAAGCUCGAAAUAAUACCGCUCUACCUAUGACGGAAUUCUUAUUUCAAGCUGCUGUUCCCAAAACAUUCCAGUUAACUAUGCUUCCUCCGUCUGGCACGGCUAUUGCGCCUAAUUCGUGCGUAACUCAAGUAUUGAGGAUUACCAAUCCUACCAAAUCGGCCUUAAGAAUGAGGAUACGUUUAUCGUACAGUCACGGCGGUAUGCCCAUACAAGAUCAAGCGGAAAUAAAUGAUUUUUCGAUGGAAUGUACCACCUAGCACUCGUCAUCUGUGACUAUGAAAAUGGUUAAGUGUCGUUACGUCCAUCACAGUCAAUUUUCACGCAAUUGAUUACUAUGUUAUUAAUGUUUUAAUGAUUUAUUUUUUAAUCGAAGGCGUUGCGAUGUGUAUUUUAAAAUUUUAAACGAUUAGCGAUUCGUUUUAUGUAAAUGAAAAAAAAAAAAAAAUCGCGUUAUUUAUUUUAAGCGUGCCAGAUACCUACUAUAUAAUAUGAAAUUUUGAUGAUGAUUACGAUUGUUAAUUUGUUUGUUUUUUAUUAUGCAAUUUUUAGUAGAUUGAUUCUCGUCAGCAGAAAACGUAUUGAGAUAAUGAUUGAAUCACGAUUGUUUUUAAAGAAAUUUUGUUAUUUAUUUUAAGACCACUACCGCGCGUUAUUUUUGUUUGGUUUAAAUUUUGAUGUAGUAUUAUACCUUCUUUUUUUUUUGUUUUCUUUCGCCAGUAUUAAGUUAAUUAUAUUAUUUAAUAUGUUGAAUUAUUACAUCGUGUGUUAUUUUUCUGUGCUGUUUAUUUUUCGAGUAAGUAUCUACUCCUAUUUUUUUUUUUUGUAAUACGAAAUUUCUUACGAACUUGAUUCUUUGGUAUUUACCUAUAUACAUUCGUACAUUUAUAUUUCGCAUACAUUUUAUUUACCUACUUUUAUCACACCUAUCCGUACACACUUUUACACUUUACAUAUUACAUUUAUAUGUAAAUUUAUGUAUUCUCGGGUUUCGGGUUACAAGUUUUCAAUUGGUUAUGAUAUGUAAUUAUUUUUACUUGUUGUGUUGUAGAUGUUAACGAUUAACGAGAUUUGGUACUUAAUAUUGUACAAUUUUGAUUUUACGUUUAGUUGUACUGUACUGUAUAUUGUGAAUAUAUGCAAUGAUUAUUUU